UUUUUAUUAAUGGUAUGCGUGAAAGUAAUUUAGUGUGCAUUAAAUCAUAGAAUUAGGCAGUAUGAAUUAAUUAUUUUAAUAUAGUACUGUGUGUGAUGUGAGUUAAUAAUCAGAAUGGAAAAGAUACUGUGUUGGACAUUUAUUCUCAUUGCUGGUCUUUGUUUGUUUGUUUCAGCCAAUGAAGAAGUGAUAAUUAAUGAAUUAUUUGAAACUAAGCUAGCAAAAGAAGUUAAUGUCCCAUUCCAGGUAUCUCUUUAUACAAAUUACAACGAUGAAUUUCUAUGUGGCGGAACUAUCGUUUCUUCUAACAAAGUACUUACUGUAGCACAUUGUUUGUACUAUGGUUGGGGCGGUAUAAUGCCUCCCAUCAUAUUAACGGUAAAAGCGGGUAGAACUAAUCUAUUUUCAGCGACUUCUCGAAAUUAUGACGUUACUAAGGUAACGUUUCAUAAAAAUUUCGAUUCAUCGAGCAUGGACUAUAAUUUAGCUAUGAUACAGGUAUCCACGAAUUUUAUAACUGAUGAUGCAGAUGUACGAGAAAUAUCUUUAGCGAAAGACUCUGCUGUCUCCAGUAAUUGUAUGGUUGCAGGAUGGAAUCAGAAAACUGGUGCUCUGGAUGAAGCAAUGUUUACCAUGCGUAGUUGUGAUGUUACCGGAAAAGUAUGUGCCGGCAAUGCCAAUGCAUCUAAUACUUCUUGUGAGUUUUCCCUUGGCAGCUCAUUGGUUUGCGAUGAAAAUCUCAUAGGAAUUUUAUCUUUCAAGCCUGAAUGCAUUAGUAAUGAUCCAUGGAUUUUUGAAAAUGCAAGGGAUGCUUUCGAUAUGUUAGGAAUAGAAGACAAUUCAACUUCAUCAGUAUCUGUCGUCCAGAAUGUUAAAUAUCAAGGUUUAUUUAACAUACUAAUCGUUUUGUUUUCAUUUCUAUUAAUUAUAAUGUCUUAAAAUUACAUGUGAUAUAUUUUAUUAAUGAAUAUUGUAAAUAUAUAUUGUAUAUAUUAUAA